AUGAGUACUUCAAGAAAACUGCUUUUCAGCCUCAUUUUCAUGGCAUGUAGCGCGGCGGCUGCAUCAGACGUUGAAGUUUAUGCAUAUGUUGGAGGAGAUGCUGUAGUGCCAUGCUCUUACCCAGCGGGCUAUAAGUCUUAUGUCAAAUACUUCUGCAGUGAAGCCUGUGGCAAUGCUGAUGUCAAGAAGUCUGAUGCUGGGAAGUACUGGUGUGGAGUGAGCAAAAGUGGAACAGACAUCUACACUGCAGUAACUCUGGCUGUUAAAUCAGAUGAGUGUUGUGACAAUGUCCAAAGCAUCCAAGCAUAUGAGCGCAGCAGUGUGUCCAUUCGCUGUCCACACCAAAACCAAUACGCCAACAGCUUCAAAUAUGUGUGCAAAGGAUCCCAGCCCUCCACCUGCCGCACACAGGCCCUCGUCACGACCAAAAAGGCGCAAAAUGGACAGUUCCGGCUCAGGGACGACGAGUUCACACUGGAGCUCAAUCAUAUAACCAAGCAGAAUGCUGGAUUGUACAUGUGCGGGAUUGAGAGGAGCAAUGACUUUGAUGUUUUUUCUCGAGUCAACCUGACGGUUAAAGACUGGUGCUGUGCAACCACCCAUGAUGUGAAGGGGUUUUUGGGGCAGUCGGUGACCUUGAAUUGCCCCUAUCCUAGCAAACAUGGGCACAACACUAAGUUUCUGUGUAAGACGGACCAAGAAAAGUGUCCUAAAGUAGUGAGCAGCACAACAACUGCAGACCGGUUCACUCUUAUGGAAGACCGCUCCUCAAACUCCUUCAAAGUGACCAUCCAACGCCUCAAACCCACCGACGCAGGGACAUACUGGUGCGGCUCCGACUCUCAGUGGGCCCCUGGAAAUAACUAUGUCCGCCUGCAGCUCACUCUGGAAACUCUGAGAGCUACCACAGGAUCCUACUUCAAAACAACCAGUGACAUGCCGACAUCUGGGUCUCAAUCAUUACUUAAAGAUGCCGAUAAUGUGAUCUCUCCUGUUGUUCUGUAUGUGCUGCCUGGAUCAUUGCUGAUUGUGGUCGUGAUGAUCGCAGUCAUUAUGUACAAAUGUCUCAGAACACAAAGAAACAGAGUGGAUUACAACGUACGCUGUAAUAAAGAAGAAGUCAGCACCAAUGAGGUUUAUUGUAACCAGGAACCUACAGACGAAAACAUUUAUGAAAACAACAGCAACGAACACAUCUAUGGUAACUGUUAA